AGCAACCCUAAACAAAAUUAAAACCCAAAGGGAGUAAAAUCCAUUAACUAUUUCAAGAAAUCCAUUAACUCUAUUUCAAGAAUCAAAACUCAAAAUUAAAACCCUAACUUGAAUCAACUGAAGCAGCAGCAGAUUAUACUCAAUUUAUAAAGGGGCUAAAAUAAAAAGAAAGAAACAGAGAGAUUCAGAAUAAAGAUGGCUCGUGGCAAGGCACCAAGGAAGAAGCAACUUGCAACUAGGGCUGCACCAGCCACUGGGGGAGUGAAGAAGCCUGCUGCAAGGAUGUGUAAAAACAAGCAGCCAGCUGCAAAGAUAAAUUCCCAUUCAAAAAUCAACUUUAUAAAACACUUUGAAAGCCAAUUGAAGGGUACUCCAUAUCUAAAAGUGCUCGAAGAUAGUUGCUUUGGGCAUCUGAUACACCUGCCAGAGAUCAACUUGUAUGCAAAUGUCAUCUACAAUGUACUAUUGAAGAGAAAGUAUCCAUCUAAGAAGGACAAAGAGGAGAAGGAUGGAAUGCCUUUUAAUAUCGGGAAUCAGGAGAUAUGUUUUAGCAAACGAGAGUUUGCAAUGAUGUCGGGAUUGAAGUUUCAGGGGAGUGAAAAGAUAGACUACAAUCCUGAAAAAAUACGUCUCAUGAAAGUUCAUUUUCCUGGUCAGCAUAGUGUUAAGUUGGAAGAGUUGAUAAAGAAAUUCAAUCAACUGAAGAACAGCAAAGAUAAAGUAAAGCUAGGCUUGCUUUAUAUUGCUGAAGCUGUAAUUAUGGGCCAUAGGCCAAAGUGGAAUAUAAACAAAGGUCUUUUCUUCUUGGUUGACAACAUCGAGGAGUUUAACCGCUAUCCUUGGGGAAAGCUAUCAUACAAAGAGACAAUAAAAUCUCUCAUUUGCCUAUCAGAGAAGAAAAAUGUUUCUAAAUCCAAACACCUGGUCGGAAAAGUGUCUCACCAUCUGUAUGGAUUCCCUCUUGUUUUUCAGGCUUGGAUUUUCCAUAGUAUACCAGAAUUACAACAGGUAUACACUGAAAAAAAUGAAGAUUGCCCUCAGGGCAUUCACCCUGGUAUCUUACAUUUGAAAAAGGCUAACAGAGCACCAUGGCAUAAAACAAGCCUCAUAGAAUUGAGCAAUGUAAAGAAGGUUUUGUCACCUUUACACCCUACAUUGGAUGAACUAAAAGAAGGCUACAUGGCCGGAUUUCCAAGUGAUGAGGAGGUUUCAGGAGCCAAAGGGCCUCAAAAUGAUUCAGGCAUCCAAGCGCUAAUUGGCGAAGAUUAUGCUACUGAACAAUGGGAAGAUGAUUCCAGCCCAAAUAAUUCGUUGAAGGUCGAUAAUCAAAAUGGCAGGACUAUCAAAGAAGUUAUAACUUUAUCAGGUGGUGAGGAUCAAGAUGUUGAGUCUCUAGAGAACUUGAAGUUGAAACUUGGAAGCGAAAUUGAAGUACUCAACAAAGAAAAGUCUGCAGUGGAAAGUGAUGUCGGAUUACUCAACGAAAAGAGGAACGAAUUGGAGACUGACCGUUAUAAGCUCUUAGCAGAGAUGGCUAUACUUAACAAGGAGAAAUUGAAACUCGGAAGAGAUAUUGAGUCACUCAACAUGGAAAAGACUAGAUUGGGUACUGAUGCUGACUUACUCAGUAAGGAGAAGGAAAACUUGCAAAGUGAUUUUGAUAUUCUCAACCAAGAGAAGACUGCAGUGGAAAGUGAUCUCAGGUUACACUUUGAACAGCAGAAGAAAUUGCAAUGUGAUAUUGAGAAUCUCUACAAAGAGAAGACUAAGUUGGUGAGUGAUACUGAGUUACUCAACAAAGAGAAGUCUAUAGUGGAAAGUGAUAUCGAAUUACUCUACAAAAAGAAAACAACACUAGGAAAUGAUAUUAAGUUACUUAGUUUGGAGAAGUCUGAAUUGGAAACUGGUUAUGAAUUUCUCAAAGAUGAGAAGAAUAAGCUAGCAACCGAUUUAGAAUUCACUAACAAAGAGAAGGAUAAGUUGCAAAAUGACGUUGAACUCCUCAAUGAGGAGAAGGACAAGUUGCAAUCUGAUGUUGAAUUUCUCAAUGAAGAGAAGGCUAAAUUGGGUUCUCAUGCUGAGUUACUUAGUAAGGAGAAGACAAAAUUGCAGAGUGAUUUUGAAUGUCUCAACAGAGACAAGUCUACAGUACUAGUUGAUAUUUGUUCGCUCAACGAGAAGAAGUCUGUAGUGCAAAAUGAUAUUUGUUCGCUCAAUGGAAAGAAGAUUACGGUACAGGAUGAUAUUUGUUCGCUUAAUGAAAAGAAGGCUACAGUACAUGGUGAUAUUUGUUCGCUCAAUGAAAAGAAGACUUUUCUGGAAAGUGAAAUUGAAUCGCUUAACAAUGAGAAGACUAACUUGGGAAAUGAGACUGAUUUGCUUGGCAAGGAGAAGAUGAAAUUGCAAACUGAUAUUGAAUUUCACAAUAAAGAGAAGGCUGAAUUUAUUCGUUCCGUGACGGCUGAUCUUAAUAAGUCCUUUUAUGAACGUGAAAAAGCAUUGUCUGAAAAUGAAAAAAUUUUCGUAGAGCUUAAAGAGAUGAACCGCACAUUGGUUGCCAAGGAACGGUGUUACGCUGAAGAGCUUCAGGAAGCUCGCCAAGUACUUAUCAAGCAAAUGGAGUCAGAAAAGUCAACCAAAAGUAGGGUGAUUGGAGUAAAGAGAAUGAGAGGAGAUCAAGUGCUCUGGAAUUUUAAGGAGAAGAAGAGAGCCACACUGAAGGAUGUGAUUAGUUUUCGAUUGAACCGUACAGAUAAGUAAAAGUGACCAACUUCUACAUGAGCCUUGUGCGAGAAUGUGGUAAUGUCUAUUUUUUGGGUUUUUUCGUGUACACUAGUGGAAGGAUGCUAACAUAAGUAUCUAAUUGUAAAUGAGUGUGACAGAAUUAGGAGACGAGAAAUUGAUAGAUACGGAAUGAUAUAAUAUAGAUGUUAACGGUCUGCUCAUGAUAUGAAGCUGAAUUUCAAACUUGUAAAUGUUUUGAAUUUGAAAUGUAAAACUGCUGCCGAAUUAUUAUUUUUGAGAAAAUGCUUCAUCCU